UGUUCCCUGGCUCCCCUUUGUCUCCCCACUCCCCGCCCAGGCCUGGCCCCUCUCCUCCAUCAGCCUGGCUGGCAGCAGCCUCGGACUCCGCCCGUGGAGCCCUGGGCCUGCUGACCCACCAGCUUAGGAGCACCCGCCAAGCUCUGGCAGGGUCUCCAGCACCCAUCUCAGGGGCAGAGGCUGGGGGGUGACUGCUGGUGCAAGCCCCAGAGUGCAUGCAGCAAAAACACGGAUGCAUUGCUGGUGGCAGGAAGAGGAGGGACUAGGCUCUAGAGUCAACGUGGAGGUGCCAGGCCACCAUGCUCAGUCUCAAGCUGCCCCAACUUCUUCAAGUCCACCAGGUGUUCUGGGAAGAUGGCAUCAUGUCUGGCUACCGCCGCCCCACCAGCUCGGCUUUGGACUGUGUUCUCAGCUCCUUCCAGAUGACCAACGAGACGGUCAACAUCUGGACUCACUUCGUGCCCACCUGGUACUUCCUGUGGCGGCUCCUGGCGCUGGCGGGCGGCCCCGGCUUCCGCGCGGAGCCGUACCACUGGCCGCUGCUGGUCUUCCUGCUGCCCGCCUGCCUCUACCCCUUCGCGUCGUGCUGCGCGCACACCUUCAGCUCCAUGUCGCCCCGCGCGCGCCACAUCUGCUACUUCCUGGACUACGGCGCGCUCAGCCUCUACAGCCUGGGCUGCGCCUUCCCCUAUGCCGCCUACUCCAUGCCGGCCUCCUGGCUGCACGGCCGCCUGCACCAGUUCUUUGUGCCUGCCGCCGCACUCAACUCCUUCUUGUGCACCGGCCUCUCCUGCUACUCCCGUUUCCUGGAGCUGGAAAGCCCUGGGCUCAGUAAGGUUCUCCGCACAGCAGCCUUCACCUAUCCCUUCCUGUUCGACAACCUCCCACUCUUUUAUCGGCUCGGGCUGUGCUGGGGCAGGGGCCACAGCUGUGGGCAGGAGGCCCUGAGCACCAGCCAUGGCUACCACCUCUUCUGUGCGCUGCUCACUGGCUUCCUCUUCGCCUCCCACCUGCCUGAAAGGCUGGCACCAGGACGCUUUGACUACAUCGGCCACAGCCACCAGCUAUUCCACAUCUGUGCAGUGCUGGGCACCCACUUCCAGCUGGAGGCAGUGCUGGCUGAUAUGGGAUCACGCAGAGCCUGGCUGGCCACACAGGAACCUGCCCUGGGCCUGGCAGGCACAGUGGCCACACUGGUCUUGGCUGUAGCCGGGAACCUACUCAUCAUUGCUGCUUUCACGGCCUCCCUGCUUCGGGCCCCCGGUACAUGCCCUCUGCUGCAGGGUGGCCCACUGGAGGGGGGUACUCAGGCCAAACAACAGUGAAGCCCCAUCCCUGACCCUGCCCUGGAAGGGGCAGAGGCCAGGCCCCCGUGCUGAGGAGGAGCCCAGAGUUGUGCCUAAUCAGGUGGGGACACAUCUCAGCUUGGAACCAACAGGCGCUGAGGAGAGAGGGCAUAGGGGAGAGGGCAGAGGAGAGGAGGGGUGUCUAGGGGGAAUGGCAGAGUGUGAGAGGGACUGUGAGGGGGCUCUUGAUGGGAGUAGAGGAAGUGCUGAGGGUCUUGAGAGGGGAGAUGCAUGCGUGUCCAGGCUGAAGAUGCCCCCACAUUCUGUCAAAGGUUGGGGCCGGGAGGUGUUGGGGUCCUUUCAUCUGGCUCCAUUUCUGGUGCUCCUGAAGUCUCUGCUCAGCACAGGGAAGAACUAACACGACUAACCUAGGCCUACCCCAAAUGCUUCUUGCUAACCAGGCCGAGAAGCCACACACUUGCCCCCCAUCCCCACAAACCAGGUAAUGCCAGUUUGCCAGCAGCUAUUUGCCUAUAGAGAUGAGUCUGUCCUGGUCAUAACUGUGUACUCAAGGUGUCCAGGCUUUUGGGGGUGGGCCUAUCUGGGUGCAUUAUGGAUGGUUCAGUGGACUGAGGUGUGGGGAGGAGGGUCCUAGGCUAGAGGGGGGAUCCCUAGUUAAGACUUUAGGAAGCCACCUUCAAUGUUUUCUGGAACAAGGCAGGUACAAAUAAAAAAAUAAAACUUUGGAAAGCA